GCUUUGACACAUAGGGGACAGGUUCCGUAAGAACCUAGUUUCUGAUCACAUAAAUGUUGUUUUUAUUGCAGUUAACAUUUCGAACCUUCAGACUGGGAAGCGAGGUGUACAAGUUGUAAAGUAUCAGGAGAGAGCUGUCCAGUCGUACAGAGUCAACUGGUCCAAUUGUUCAAUUCAUCUGACUACCUGAGCAUUGUUUUGAUGUGGAUGUACAAGAGAAAAACAAGAAAGUCCAUGCCUUAUGGUGUACUUAUAAACUAUCUUUUGAAACAGCAUGGAUCUUAGAUUUUGUCAGAACAACACAAUUGCCAUUAUUUCAAUGAACAGAGGAGAGAAUAAAUUGAAUGUGGAGUUUCUUAAUCAGCUGAACAAUGCUUUGGAUCAAAUUGAAAGAAACCCUAGUAUUCAAGUUGUAAUCACGACAGGAAAGGGUCGAUUCUACAGUAAUGGAAUAGAUUUGAGUUUCUAUGGCACAAACCCAGAUAAAUAUCCGGAAUUUGGCAAGAUUCUGGUAGCUACAUUAAAGCGCUUGCUGGUUUUUCCUAUUCUCACCAUUGCAGCAAUUAAUGGUCAUGCGUUUGCAGGAGGCAUGUUGCUGGCCUUAGCUCAUGACUUGCGAGUGAUGAGGACAGGUCAUGGAUGGAUGAGUUUUAACGAGAUUUACCUGAAGAUAAGAUUUCCACCUGCAAUGUUAGACUUGAUUAAGUGCAAAAUUCCCCCAGGUCCGACACGUCUUUCUGCAAUCAUGUUUGGAAAACGGUUCACAGCUGAGGAGGCAUUGAUCAGCAAGUUGGUGGACAGGUCUGCUAGUGCCGAGAAUCUGCUGGCAGAAAGCAUCAGGUUGGGUCAAGAAGUUUGCGGAACAGAGGUGUUUGAUCGAGCAAUGUUUCAGCAUAUGAAAUCUGAUCUUUACAAAAAUACUGUUGAUGCGCUUGACUUGAUGUUAAAACAGCAAACGUCAGGUACAUCCCUCAAAUCACAACUUUAGUUAGCACAGGAAGAUUAUACUGUAGAUGUGUUUUUAAGAUGACUUAGGGAUGUUUCAAUUCUUCAAACUCUACACAUGUUUGUAGUUAUGAUAGUAUCCUAUGAUGCUGUGGGAAACAUUGUUGAAUUAAUUUAAUCUAACCGAUGUAAUAUCUGCACUUGGACUUUCAGCCAGUUGAUGAUGUUUAUCUCUAAUAUAACCUUAUGAUAAUAAAAUUUAAAGUAACCUCUUGAUGUUGGACCAGAUUCAAGAAGUUAGGCGUAUUCAGGAUUCAGAGAGAAUUCAGACGAUUGUGUGGUAUAAUUAUAUUUAUAAUUACUAUACAUUUAUAUUUUGUGUAUAUUUAAUCAUAUUGAACCUCAUGUUUGUCUUCCAUGUCAAAAUCAAAGCCUCUAGAGUAAAUCAAAGGAAAAGAAAAAACAACAAAAAUGGGGCCAGUAUAAGUUUUGAAGUUUGUUGCAUGCACUUUUUGUGUUUUUACCUAAGCUCUUUAAAAAUGAAUUAUAUGAUUAAGGCGUAUGUUAAGUAUGAAUAAAUGUGCUAAAACUGACGUUAUUUGUUGAUAACCUUUGAA